ACUACUAUAUACUAGAUAAUGAGUUUACCAUCGUGAGCCACUCAGCCUGUGUUUGGUGGGAGGGAUUAUUCAGCUUCCCUUUUUCCUUCCCUCCACCCAACCAGAGUUAGACACCGAAAAUGGCUUUCAAACUGAAAUCACUACCUCUCCUUUGCUCUCUUCACUCCCCUUCCCGCCAAAACCCUAAUUCAACACUCUCAAACCAUCACUUUUCUCGUCGCUUCUUCGCACCUUCCAUUCCUCCCACCCUGUGCCUAUCCGGCGCAGCCUCAGCGUCCACCUUUCAUCGCCAUCGCUUCUUCGUAACCGCUCGAAGCCAAGACGAAGACCAGAUCACUGAGGCUCUUGAACAAGAAGAAGAGAAAGACAACGAAGAAAUAUCGAGGCAGGGUGAGAAAAAGGAACUCGCGAAGCAAGGCAUAUGGGAUCAGAUAAAGGAAAUUGUGAUGUUCACAGGACCAGCAACUGGACUUUGGAUAUGUGGACCACUUAUGAGUCUCAUCGAUACUGCAGUUAUUGGUCAGAGAAGUUCAAUUGAGCUUGCUGCUUUAGGUCCUGCUACAGUUGUUUGUGAUUACAUGUGCUACGUGUUCAUGUUUCUAUCAAUUGCUACUUCCAAUAUGGUUGCUACUGCCCUUGCCAAACAGGACAAAGAAGAAGUACAACAUCACAUAUCUGUAUUGCUUUUUGUUGGGUUAUCUUGUGGCAUUGCGAUGCUUUUGUUCACAAGGCUAUUUGGUGCUGCUAUAAUAACUGCUUUCACUGGACCAAAGAAUGUACACGUAGUACCUGCAGCUAGCAAUUAUGUAAAGAUUCGAGGCUUGGCAUCACCUGCUUUACUUGUUGGAUGGGUAGCUCAGAGUGCAAGUCUUGGUAUGAAAGAUUCCUUGGGACCCUUGAAAGCUUUAGCUGCUGCUACAGUUAUAAAUGUCGCUGGUUGUGUACUUUUGUGCACCUAUUUAGGUUAUGGAAUUGUAGGGGCUGCGUGGGCUACAAUGGUUUCACAAGUUGUUGCUUCUUACAUGAUGAUUCAAAAUCUAAAUAUGAAGGGAUAUAAUGCACUUGCCUUCUCCAUUCCUUCAGGGAAGGAACUUCUGACGAUAUUUGGGCUUGCUGCUCCUGUUUUUAUAACAUUGAUGUCAAAGGUGGCUUUUUACGCACUACUUAUAUAUUUUGCUACAUCAAUGGGUACACAUACAAUGGCUGCUCAUCAAGUCAUGGUCCAAACCUAUUUAAUGUGUACCGUAUGGGGUGAACCUCUCUCCCAAACCUCUCAAUCAUUUAUGCCUGAAUUGAUAUAUGGAGUAAAUCGGAGUUUGUCAAAGGCCCGAAUGCUUCUAAGGUCUCUCGUGAUAAUUGGAGCUAUACUUGGAUUGUUGUUAGGGAUUAUUGGAACAUCGGUUCCUUGGUUAUUUCCCAAUAUUUUUACACCUGAUCGGAUGGUCAUCCAGGAGAUGCAUAAGGUGCUGAUUCCAUACUUUAUAGCCCUGGCUGUAACACCCCCUACUGUCAGCCUUGAGGGAACGUUGCUGGCUGGACGGGAUCUGAAAUUUAUAAGUUUGUCAAUGAGUGGAUGCUUUUGUGUGGGUUCACUAGUAUUAUGGGCUUUGAGUAGUAGAUACGGUUUGCUUGGCUGCUGGUUUUCCCUCGCAUUAUUUCAAUGGGCUCGGUUUUCAAUGGCCCUCCAGCGCCUUCUUUCUCCCAAAGGCAUCUUAUACUCGGAAGAUACAGAACAGUAUAAGCUGCUAAAGCUAAGGACUGCCUAGUUUGAUGAAGUCAUCACACCAGUUACAAGGAUAGAAGUAUGUUUUAAUAAAAAAAAAAAGAGGAUAGUAGUAUGUUGGACCAUCUCAGCUUAUGGGUUAAGCGAGUUAAGACCAGGACAACCGGCUAAAAAGUGAGCCAUCGUUUUUAUAAUUUGUUUAGUCCGCGAGCUGGGUUGGCUCAUAGGUUGGAGUUCACUUUGAUACUUAUAUGUGUAUGAUUGCUAUAAUAAUUAGCAUGAAAAAUUAAUUCAGAUUCUUAAUUAUAUUGGGCGCAA